AUGACCUACCGCCAACACCACUCGGUUGCACUUGAUAUUCAGGACGACUUUGAGCACGUGCACCACCCUCGCAACGAGCUUCCCCUUACCAUGGAGGAUACCACCAGACGGCGAUAUCCACACUCUGAAAAGACCGAUCUCUGGCACAUUGACAACGGCGGCGACGACGACUCCAAGGAUGUCUACAGCAAGGCCAAGGCUGGGUUUCACACCGGCAGACUGGGCCCAACCGAAUUUAUCCAGCAAAACAGCGAUCUCGUGCCGCCGGUGAUAUACACACUCCUCUCGUGCUGGACACGCUUUUAUGAUAUUGGCAAAUCAGACAUUGUCGUCUGGGACGAGGCCCAUUUCGGCAAGUUUGGCUCCCACUACCUCAAGCGCGAGUUUUACUUUGAUGUCCAUCCUCCAUUGGGCAAGAUGCUCGUCGGCCUCGCUGGGCUGUUGUCAGGCUACGACGGCACCUUUGAAUUCAAGUCGGGCGAAAAAUACCCUGAUUCAGUUCCGUUUGUUACUAUGCGCGUCAUGCUCGCUCUCUUUGGCGUCGCCAUGGUCCCCCUCGCUUGGUUUACCGCCAAAGAGCUGCGCUUUACGAAUCGGGCCUGCCAUUUAGUCACUAUCAUGACCCUAUGCGACCUCGCAUGGCUCUGCAUCAGCCGGUUCAUCCUCCUCGAUUCUAUGCUACUGUUCUUCACAUUUACUACAGUAUUUUGUCUCACUAAAUUCGUUAAUCAGCAGUAUCAGUCUUUUUCAUUCGACUGGUGGUUAUGGCUCGCAGCAACUGGAUGGUCCAUCGGUUGCGUGUGUAGCGUCAAAUGGGUCGGGUUCUUUGCUACAGCUCUCGUCGGCGCAUAUACCAUCGAAGAUCUCUGGGACAAAUUCGGCGAUUUGAAGAUGCCUGUGCGCACAUACAUCAAACACUGGAUCGCUCGAGGAUACGGCGGCGGUCUCCUCCACUCACACGUCCAAACCUACCCCGUCGGCUCGCAACAACAGCAAGUCACAUGCUACCACUACAAAGACGACAACAACCACUGGACGUUCCUCCCACCCUGGGGAUCCCCCGACAUCGACCCCAACGGCGAGCUCGUGCCGCUCAAACAUGCCGCCGUCGUCCGUCUUCAGCACACACCCACGACGAGGAACUUGCACUCGCACACCGUCACCGCCCCCGUCACGAAAUCCAACUACGAAGUGAGCUGCUACGGCAAUACCACGGUCGGAGACUCGCACGAUCACUGGGUGGUAGAAGUCGUCGACGACCUCCACCGCGGCCGUCGUGAAAAAGUGGACCGGAUUCACUCGUUGACGACCCGGUUGAGGUUCAAGCAUCAGAGUCUGGGAUGUUAUUUACGCGCGGCCAACGCGGUCUUGCCUCAGUGGGGAUUCAAGCAGAUCGAAGUCUCGUGUGUAAAGGAGAACGACGAGAGCGAUACGCAUACGUAUUGGAACGUCGAGAGUCACUGGAACUCUAGGCUCCCGCCCGGAAACGCAAAGCUCUACUCGUCCCCCUUUCUCCGAGACUUUUGGCACCUCAACGUCGCAAUGAUGACAUCCAACAACGCGCUCGUCCCGGACCCAGACAAAGAAGACAUCCUAGCAUCCAAACCGACCGAAUGGCCGUUCCUCCACGUUGGUCUGCGCAUGUGCGGAUGGGGGGACGAUCAGCCCAAGUACUACCUCCUCGGCCACCCUAUCGUCUGGUGGUCCGGAAGUCUCGCCCUCGGUCUCAGUUUGCUCGCGACGGGCGUGUAUUUGUUGCGCGCGCAGAGAAAGUAUGUUGAUUUUGGGCCUGGGGAAUGGGAUCAGUUUUCGUAUGUGACCAAGUUGGCGUUUUUCGGAUGGGUUUUCCAUUUUAUGCCGUUCUUGAUCAUGGGACGAGUAACUUAUAUCCACCACUACCUCCCUGCACUAUGGUUCUCGGUGCUCAUGGUCGGCCAUCUCUUCAACCACUUUGUCUUUGCCGCUCGCAUAGCCGAACGAACUAAAUGGAUCGUGUUUGGCGCGGCCGUCUCAGUCAUCGUCGGCGUCUUUUGGUGGUUCCGAGGCAUCGCGUUUGGAAUUACCGGUCCGAUUAAAGAUUAUUGGGGAUUGGCGUGGAGAAAGACAUGGAACAUCUACUAA